AUGUUUUUUACGUGGGACUCCUCUAGCAAGUUGUCUGAGAUUCUCCCCAGUGAAGGGCCUUCUAGACCUUUGAACCAGGAGCUUGACACACUGUCAGGUUGCGAAGAUCACGGCGGCAAUGUACCUCAAGAUGACUUUGACGCGGACACAGAUGGGGAUGGGGACCAGCACGAGAAUGAAGACCAGAAUGAAGACGAAGAGACGUGGGAAGAAUGGAAUGCCAGAUUUACUAACACCUUGAGCCAGAUGAUGUUUGUUUCCGGAGAAACGGCGGAACCAUCAGCUGAAACUACCACUCUCAUCGAGGAAAUUGUGCGUCAACAGGUUAUUGAGAUGCUUAGCCGAAGCACUGCCUUGGCAGCACGACGGGGCAAUCGAUCAAUUUCCACUGAUGAUCUCAUUUUUCUUAUCCGCCACGACAAGGCUAAAGUAUCACGGCUCAAGACUUUCUUAUCUUGGAAAGACGUCCGGAAAAACGUCAAGGACUCAGAUGACAAGGGUGGUGCUGACGCAGCGGAUUUUGGGGCUGGCGAUGACCCCUUAGCUGGAGCCGGUGUUGCAGGCCCGUCAGAUGUUGCCGCGAAACCUAAAAACAAACGAGCCAAAGUAGGUUUGCCUUGGGAUCUCAACAAUUUAUACUCAGUUCAAGUUCCAGAACGUGAGGAUGAGGAAGAUGAAGAGGAAGAGGAACAGAAUUACGCCACCCUCCAACGUCUCGCAAACGCAGAUGAACGCACGAAGAAUAUGACGCGUGAAGAAUACGUAUUCUGGUCCGAUUGUCGACAAGCAUCCUUUACAUUCCGCAAGGCCAAGAGAUUCCGAGAAUGGGCGGGUUUCGGAAUUGUGACGGACUUCAGACCCAACGAUGACAUUGUUGACAUUCUUGGUUUCCUCACUUUUGAAAUCGUGCAGACAUUGACCGAAGAGGCUUUGAAAGUGAAGGAGCAGGAAGACCGAGGGAAGAAAGGCCGAGGAGCUUCGGAUGAUGGUGAAAAGACCAAAAAGCGCAAACGGGAGACGGGGCUUUUCGACCCCCCUGAGGAAGGGAGAACACCCAUUGAGCCAAGACACAUCCAUGAAGCAUACCGUAAGCUACAGGCAACCCCGUACAAAGCGAUCGCAAUGUUGCUCCAUGGAGGACGCGCCCCUGUACGAACUCCUCUACGACUUGUAAGUUACAAUUUCUGUUGCUCGUUUAUCUGCGAAUUCUUGUGCUGGUGUUCCAAUCCUAGUGCUAACCUUUCCCGCUUCUACAGAUCUGAAGCUGCUGGCUACGGUUAG